AUGGCUCCGCCCCCAGACAACAGAAGCGAGGACGAGUGGCGCGCUGUGCUGAGCCCAGAACAAUUUCGCAUCCUCCGCCAAAAGGGCACCGAACGGCCCGGCACAGGCGAAUACGACUCCCAUCACCCCUCGGAAGGCGUCUACACAUGCGCGGGCUGCAACGCACCACUAUACAAAGCGGCCCACAAAUUCAAAUCCGGGUGCGGAUGGCCCGCGUACUUUGAUUCGAUUCCCGGCGCGGUUCAGAGGCAUGUGGAUAGCUCCUUCGGAAUGGAGAGAACAGAGAUCACUUGUACGAACUGCGGGGGGCACUUGGGGCAUGUCUUCAAGGGAGAAGGCUACCCGACGCCAACUGAUGAAAGGCAUUGCGUGAACAGUGUCAGUUUGAAGUUUACGGAGGACGAUGGGGAGGGAGCUAAGGCUAAGGCGUGA